AACCUUGAAACUGAAUAGGCAGGUACGAUGGUCCAUGGUUCCUUCCUCCCCAUCGCCAGUCGUUUUUUCCCACGUGAAUCCCCACAGCAACCCUCAGCUCGUUCAAGUGCUGUGCCUUUAGGCAGUCACCGUUCGCGCCGUUUUCCAUCCCAUAACAACCUGAACAACACUCUAUUGUCUCCCUCACGCCUCCCGCGCCUCUACAGCCAACAAUUUCUCUUGAACUUCCUUUUUAACCCUGUUCCCUCCAGCCUCCUCGUCUUCUCUCACUAUUUUCUUAACCACGAGUCGUCUACGGCCACUGUCGCUGCCGCCGCCGACGCCGCUGCCGUCCACACCGCAUUGCCAUUACCACAAACCUCCAUCUGCGGAGUAAAACAGAAGUCACACUGCUCACAAGGCGUUUAGGCUUUACCUCUCUGACUCGGCAAGCUCACCAUGUCGGCGCCUCCUGCGCAGAGCCCAGCUCUCCAGGCCAGACCUGGAGCGGCUUCAGCUGCGAGCAGUCGCGGCAAGACUGGACAGAUCCGAUGCAUGAACGGCAAGGAGUGGCAGGACCGUUCUGCCUUCAACCCCAAGAGACUCAGAGAGUACGAGGAAUCGCGCCGUUCCAACAGAGCCAUCACACCGUACAACUCCUUUAUCUCGUGCAAAGCCCAUUCUGGACAUAAUCCUUUUGACAAACAAUGCCAGGGCGGCUGCCUGCGUAUCUUGCCCUUGGAGAAGUUCAGCAAGAAUUCCAGAAGGUUGGGCAAGUACAAGUGCAUGGAUUGCACCCAGCAUCAGCUGUACCUCCAGCCUCACGCUACUGUUCCUGCUCCGAAUACUCUUUUGGACACUACAGAGAAGGAUGAGCUUGCUCAGGCUCGCCUCCGCCGCAAGGCCAAGUUGGCUGCUGCUCUGGCUGCUGAAGACGAGGACGAUGAGGAUGACGAUUCCCUCUACCGCGACGACCAGUCUGUUCUCUCUGGUGCCUAUAGUGCCGGAAGCACUGUCUCGGGCGCUAUCACCGGCAGCCGGUCUGUUUACUCUUCGAGAUAUUCGGAGGCCGGAACAGGUUACAGCAGCCAGAAUCAACCGCCCCAUAUGCGCAGCGAGAAUGGCUCUGCCGCCACCAGCGCUUUGGCGGCCCGGUUGAACCAAGAUAGCUCCUCUCUCAGUGGCAAUGCCUGGCGCACUCAGGGUUUCUUUUCUGACAGCUACGCUGCGGUUUCGACCUCGAGCAACGCAGGUUAUGCCCCGAGUGACGCUCUCUUGACUGACGGACAAUCCACUCUCGGCCCUGAAGAUUCGGGUUCUGUUGCUGCUGCCCCGGAUGACGACGAAGAGAGCAACAACCCUCCAACCGCUCAGCGCAAGAUCAUUGCUGAUCACACGACCGUUACUGAAUUUUUUCAGACUGAGGAGUCGUGGAGGGCUGAUCAGGUCAAGGAGUCUCUGUCCUCGGGUAAUUGGGUCAAGCUGCCCGGUCGCAAAACGUUGCCCGAAGUCCCUCGCUAUCUCAGAGAGGGCGAGGAUAAUUUCGACGAUGAUGCGUACUCCUACGAUGGCGAGUCUGAGGACGAGCUGUAAGAUCGCGUCCUAUCCGUACUCAGAAUGGGAAAUGCCAGAUGAUACACGCUGGUUCAGGCUUAGUUGACUGGCGUGGCAAGUUUUCGAAGGAUAUGGGAGUGUCGGAAGAAGGGUCGUCGAGGAAAGGAUUUUCUUGAUUGACAACGGAAAUAUGGUCAAAAGCUCAGCUGGUUCUUACAAUCUCGCGGUUCUGUUGCUAUCAGGCAUUUUAUAUUCAGCGAUAUUGUCGCAGAGUUAGACGCAGAUUAUCUUGGUAGAGGAGGAAGACGACCAAGGUUGCGAUAGAGUUUAUGCGAGAAAUGCCAGCGUUGAUAUUCAUGAAUGACAAC